AUGCCCGCGCAGUGGUACUCUGGUGACAUUGUUACCAUGGGAUCCCGCGUUUUCUUCUGCUCACAGAACGAGGAGCUGCCGUUUUUGGAAUGGUCACCGAAGGAGCAGCGUUUUAUGGUGUUGCAACGUGAUAAUUGUGACGUGCCACCACUUCUCGCUUCUGAGCAAAUUGAUUCUGCCAGCUUGGGGUAUGGCACGGUGAGGAUUCCCUGCUGCGCUCUGUACGGUGUUCUACCUCUUAGAACCACAUCUAUACUGUUGUAUGUUGCACAACAAGAACACGUGGCGACUCUGCCUUUUACUGAAACACAUGAGGUGUUUGCUGUGAAACGAUUUGCAUGGAUGCGCCUGCCAUCGCCAGAGAACGAAUCAUCAAUUCAAGAUGGAUUAAAAGAGGAUGACGGGGAUCAGCAAAAUUCUUUUUCUGCUUUUCCUGAGGAACUUUCGGAGGAUAUUGUUGCUAAAUAUUGUGCGCUGAUUGAUCGGUUUUGUAGUAAUUCAGAGCAGCACUCAGGAGGCUCGCUUUUUUUUUAUUCCCCAACAAUAAGUUUGGCGUUGGAUCCAAGUGAGUUGGUUGAGAAUCCGACAACACAUUACUUUGGGGGCUCUGUAUCGGAGAAUACAUUUGAUUAUGAGGGGGCUUCCCUUUCUAGGGAAAAUCAUGUUUGCCAUCAGUCGUUGCGCACUUUUCAAUGGAAUUCUCCAUUGCUUCGCGCAUUCGCAUCGCUGCAUUUGCCCGAUGGAAGUUCUUUUUCGUAUGUGCCGUCAUUUAUCAGAGGCCUUGUUGCCAUGUCUCCUGCACCCGCGGAUGGCGUUCAGCUGCUGCUCAUUAGCCGACUCAGCUACCGUUGGGCUGGUACACGCUACAACCGACGUGGGUUGGAUUUGGCAGGCACUGGCACCAGUGCUAUUUUUUCCAUCUCGACCUUGUGGGUGUUUUCUGCGGAAACAAACGAGAAAGAAAAUAAUGCGGUACUCGCAUCUUCUAAUGGGAGGAAACGAAUGGCCUCCUACCAGGUUUUACGAGGGUCCAUCCCACUUUACUGGAGCCAACGGGCAAAUUUGGCUCUCACGCCGGAGAUCACCAUUGCAUCGCCCGGUCGUGCAGCAUUUGGACUUCGUUUACAUCUAAAACUCUUAAAUGAACUUCUCCCUGCCACAUCGACGCUUCAUUGUCUUGAUACGACAUCUAGUAGUGAAGUGGAGUGCUCGCUUUCAAAGGCCUUUGCGUUUGCUGUGACGAAGUUCCGUGAGUCGGAUGCCAGGCAUGAUGUAUCCUUUGAUGUUCAAUACACUAAGUAUGAUUUAAGGGACAAACUGAGGAGCAAGCUGCCGUACGACGAGAUCCUUCAAGGUGUAAAUGAGCUACUCAAUGGUGGUGUGGAGGAGGAGGCUAAACGUGUAGACUUCUCGAGGUGGUGCACCCAGCCCUUUACGGAGGACAAUGAUUCAGAUGUAAAGACAGAUCACACCUGUUCCCUGGUGUGGAGGCAAAGUUAUCAACAGAAGCACUACAUUCGUGUGAAUUGUCUUGACUGCUUAGACCGGACUAAUCUUGUCCAGUCUAUGAUUGUGGUUGAUGUGCUUCCUCGGAUGAUUCGGUAUGUGCGUGGUCGGGACCACGCAGCGAAUAAUAAUCACGGUAACAACGAUAGGGCCGCAGAGAAUUCUGAGAAGGAAGAGGAAGCGUAUGAAGAAUCUAUUAAAUUGUGCAAGGAACUCUGGGCUCAGCAGGGUAGAGCACUUUCUAAAUUGUAUGCUGGAAGUGAUCCUCACUUGCUUCAAUUUCUUGUGAAGGGUACCUUGGGACCGUAUGUGCUGCAACAGACAGUCCUCAUUGCAACGCGUCGUUGGUUUCAACAGAACUUUUGUGAUGGUGACAAGCAGGACAUCAUUUCAGUACUUACCCGCCAACAUGAUCCGGCCCUCAUACAAUUCGAACUUGAAAGGCGUUUUGUACGACCAUUCUCGUUACUAAACAAAAUGAUGGUCUUGGGUCUCGCCGUCGCAAUAGCUGCACUUGGGGUGAACACAUUUAUUCUCCUGUUCUUGGCACGGAGUUCGAUGUUUAACGGAUCAUUGUUCUAUUCACUCGCCUGGGUGCUUUACAUCAUUAUAUUGAUGUUUUUUAUUAAGCGUGGGGGGGUUAGCUACACAAACCGCCCAAUGUUUGGAUGA